GAUAUUUUUCUUUCUUUUAGAUUCAGUUACAAUACUUCGACUUAUGAAUUUGUUCUUUAUUUAAUUUCCGAGUUUGUUUUCUGUUUAAGAAAGAUACGAUAAGGAUGCAAUUGUCUAAUGAAAAUCAUUCUGAAUUUGGUCUUGACACCUCGUUUAUAAAAAGUGUCAUUUUUCGAAAACAGCUACUUCUAGUUGCGUGUACAGCGAUAGUAAUUGUUUUUCUGAUACUGUUGCACACAUCGAAAACACAAGGAAAAGCAUACAAUGCAAAACCAUCAUUGAAAUGCACUAAUACAAGUAAAAGUACUAUUCGUGUACUCUGCCUCAUCCUAGCAUCAGCAAAUGAAAGCGAGCAGAUAGCAGCAGUAGACGAAACGUGGGCAGGGCGUUGUGAUAAGCACCUUUUUAUUAAUGGGCAAGAGAUCAAACCAACAAAAGCUGAACCAAUUUUAAAUGCUCCUGUUCCAGAGAAGAGAAAUCACCUGACAAUGAAUAUUCAUCUUGCGCUUGAAUAUGUGUACAAAACAUAUAAAGGCAAUUUUGACUGGAUAUUCAAAUGCGAUACUGACACCUAUGUUAUUAUGGAAAAUCUUCGGAAUCUUCUCUCACACGUCGACUCAUAUCAACCAGGAUACCUAGGUUUUCAUAUGAAGUCUAGGGAAACACAGCGUCAUGGUUAUAUGAGUGGAAGAGGAUCUUAUGCAAUUAGCUGGCAAGGUCUUCAUCAGUUGAUACAUAAGGGAUUUAAAAACGGCUGCCGUGAGGAAGAUGGUUCAAAUGAGAAUCUCAACAUUAGCUUAUGUUUAAAUGAAUCUGAAGUACCUGUAUUAAACUCAUAUGAUAAAGAUGGAAAAGAAACAUUCCAUCAAGCAAGCUUAAAACGUCUUUUAAUACCGCCUUAUCUAAAGCCGAUGCAGAAUAUGGCGUGGAAUCAAUUUUCCAAUUUU